CGGAGGAGGAGGAGGAGCAGGAGGAGGUGGUUUCGUUCGGCGUCAUGGCGGCUGCCGAGAGGCUAUAAGCGGCGGGAGCGGGAGCGCGCGCGCUCGCGGACGGCUCGUUACUUCUCUCUCCUCUCCUCUCUCUCUGUUUGUGUUUCAAUAAUGAAUUGAUUGUUGUAGCCACAACUGAGAAUCGCGGGUUCGUGCCACGGGCCAGGGUUUCCCCUCCCCUCCUCGCCCUCCCUCCCCUUUUCCCUCCCUUUCCGUACACACGCGCGCACACACUCACACCCGCUCACACACGCGCGCGCACACACAUACAUACACACAUACACAUACACAUACAUACAGACACUACCCGGACGACCGGGACCAGAGUCUCUCCACAGCGGCCGCAGAGCGGCCCGGGCUCCGGGAGGAGACCAGCAGUCCCACCGCCGGUCGGGGACAGCUUUUCCACAGGUAAUUUGAAAAGGGUCAGAAAUAACUUGAGACCGUUUGGAAGGAAGCAAGGAGCAGCCUGAAGUAAACAAUCCAGCUUGCAAACUGGGAAGAUCCAUAUUUUAUUUUAAACUUCUGAAUAUUUACAAUGAAUGGACAUAGUGAUGAAGAAAGUGUUAGAAAUAGUAGUGGAGAAUCAAGCCCGUCGGACGACGACUCCGGGUCGGCUUCUGGGUCCGGCUCCGGAUCGAGCUCUGCAAGCAGCAGCGAUGGCAGCAGCAGCCCGUCGGGCAGCAGCGAUUCCGACUCCGGCUCCGCCUCGGGCAGCCCCUCGGACUCGGACUCGGACGCCUCUAGAGAAAAGAAAGUGCAAUCCAAAGCGCCCAAAGUGGACAGCUCCGAGUUCUGGAAAUCAAACCCCAGUAUUCUGGCUGUCCAAAGAUCGGCGAUGCUCAGGAAGCAGCAGCAGCAGCUGCCGCCGCCGCAGCAGCCGCCGCAGCCGCCGCCGCAGCAGCAAACUUCCUCCAACAGUGGAUCCGAAGAGGACUCUUCCAGCAGCGACGAUUCGGAGGAGGAGUCCUCGAGCGAGGCCAAGAGGAAGAAGCACAAAGAUGAGGACUGGCAGAUGUCCGGGUCAGGGUCUCCCUCCGCGACGGCUUCAGAUUCUGAGUCGGAAGAAGAGCGCGAGAAGAGCAGCUGCGACGAGAGCGAAUCGGACUACGAGCCCAAGAACAAAGUCAGAAGCCGGAAACCUCAGAUCAGAACGAAAGCAAAGAAUGGGAAGAAGGUGUCCGGGCAGAAGAAGAGGCAGAUCGCCUCCUCCGAGGAGGAGGACGACGACUAUGACAAAAGAGGCUCUCGGCGCCAGGCCACCGUCAACGUGAGCUACAAGGAAGACGAGGAGAUGAAGACGGACUCCGACGACCUGCUGGAGGUUUGUGGCGAAGACGUUCCUCAGCCCGAAGAAGACGAGUUUGAGACCAUCGAGCGCUUCAUGGACAGCCGGACCGGAAGAAAAGGAGCAACCGGCGCCACGACCACCAUUUAUGCUGUGGAAGCGGACGGCGACCCCAACGCCGGCUACGAGAAGGCCAAGGAGCCGGGCGAGGUCCAGUACUUAAUCAAGUGGAAAGGCUGGUCCCACAUCCACAACACUUGGGAGACGGAGGAGACCCUGAAGCAGCAGAACGUGAGGGGGAUGAAGAAGCUGGACAACUACAAGAAGAAAGACCAGGAGACCAAGCGAUGGUUGAAAAAUGCUUCUCCAGAAGAUGUGGAGUAUUAUAAUUGUCAGCAGGAACUUACAGAUGAUCUCCAUAAGCAGUAUCAAAUAGUAGAAAGAAUAAUUGCUCAUUCCAAUCAGAAGUCAGCAGCUGGCUAUCCUGAUUACUACUGCAAGUGGCAGGGCCUUCCCUAUUCGGAAUGUAGCUGGGAAGACGGGGCUCUCAUCUCCAAAAAGUUCCAGCCACGCAUAGAUGAAUAUUUCAGUAGGAAUCAAUCCAAAACCACCCCCUUUAAGGAUUGCAAAGUGUUAAAGCAAAGGCCGAGGUUUGUGGCGCUGAAGAAGCAGCCGUCCUAUAUUGGGGGACCCGAAGGCUUAGAAUUAAGAGAUUAUCAGUUGAAUGGCCUAAACUGGCUUGCCCAUUCAUGGUGCAAAGGAAAUAGCUGUAUACUUGCUGAUGAAAUGGGCCUUGGAAAAACAAUACAGACGAUCUCAUUUCUUAACUAUCUUUUCCACGAACACCAAUUAUAUGGGCCUUUCUUGUUAGUAGUACCACUUUCCACACUCACUUCCUGGCAAAGAGAGAUUCAGACAUGGGCUCCCCAGAUGAAUGCUGUGGUCUAUUUAGGGGAUAUUAACAGCAGAAAUAUGAUAAGAACACAUGAAUGGAUGCAUCUUCAAACCAAACGCUUAAAAUUUAAUAUUCUUCUGACAACUUACGAAAUUUUACUGAAGGACAAGGCGUUCCUUGGGGGCCUGAAUUGGGCAUUCAUAGGGGUGGAUGAAGCUCAUCGAUUGAAGAAUGACGACUCGCUCCUCUAUAAGACCUUGAUAGACUUUAAGUCCAAUCACCGCCUUCUCAUCACGGGGACCCCCCUGCAGAACUCCCUCAAGGAACUCUGGUCUUUGCUGCACUUCAUCAUGCCCGAAAAGUUUUCUUCCUGGGAGGACUUUGAAGAAGAGCACGGCAAAGGGAGAGAAUACGGCUACGCCAGCCUCCACAAGGAGCUGGAGCCUUUCCUGCUGCGCCGCGUGAAGAAAGACGUCGAGAAGUCCCUGCCCGCCAAAGUCGAGCAGAUUCUGAGGAUGGAGAUGAGCGCGCUGCAGAAGCAGUACUACAAAUGGAUCUUAACCAGGAACUACAAGGCCCUCAGCAAAGGCUCGAAGGGCAGUACCUCCGGCUUCCUGAACAUUAUGAUGGAGCUCAAGAAGUGCUGCAACCACUGCUACCUCAUCAAGCCUCCCGACACGAGCGAGUUCUAUAAUAAGCAGGAAGCCUUACAGCAUUUAAUCCGAAGUAGCGGCAAGCUGAUUCUUCUGGACAAGCUGCUGAUUCGGCUGAAAGAGCGAGGCAACCGCGUUCUGAUCUUCUCCCAAAUGGUGCGGAUGCUGGACAUCCUGGCAGAAUACCUGAAGUAUCGUCAGUUCCCGUUCCAAAGACUCGAUGGCUCAAUCAAAGGGGAAUUAAGAAAACAGGCAUUAGAUCAUUUUAAUGCUGAAGGAUCUGAGGACUUCUGUUUCUUACUUUCCACCCGAGCCGGAGGGCUAGGCAUCAACUUGGCGUCUGCUGAUACUGUUGUUAUAUUUGAUUCUGACUGGAACCCACAAAAUGAUCUCCAGGCACAGGCUAGAGCCCACAGAAUUGGGCAGAAGAAGCAGGUUAAUAUUUAUCGUCUAGUUACAAAGGGGUCAGUGGAGGAAGACAUUCUCGAAAGAGCCAAAAAAAAGAUGGUGCUCGAUCAUCUGGUCAUUCAGAGAAUGGACACCACCGGCAAGACGGUGCUGCACACGGGCUCGGCUCCUUCCAGCUCCACGCCUUUUAAUAAGGAAGAGCUGUCGGCCAUCUUAAAGUUCGGGGCCGAAGAACUUUUUAAAGAGCCUGAAGGGGAAGAACAGGAGCCUCAGGAAAUGGAUAUCGACGAGAUCCUGAAGAGGGCGGAAACCCAUGAGAACGAGCCGGGCCCGCUCACUGUGGGAGACGAGCUGCUGUCCCAGUUUAAGGUGGCCAACUUCUCCAACAUGGACGAAGACGACAUCGAGUUAGAGCCCGAGAGGAAUUCGCGGAACUGGGAGGAAAUCAUCCCGGAGGACCAGAGGAGGCGGCUCGAGGAGGAAGAGCGGCAGAAGGAGCUCGAGGAGAUCUACAUGCUGCCCCGGAUGAGGAACUGCGCCAAGCAGAUCAGCUUCAACGGCAGCGAGGGCCGGCGCAGCCGGAGCAGGCGCUACUCGGGGUCCGACAGCGAUUCCAUAUCGGAGAGAAAGCGGCCGAAGAAGCGAGGCCGGCCCCGGACCAUCCCGCGAGAGAACAUUAAGGGAUUUAGCGAUGCCGAAAUCAGGCGGUUUAUCAAGAGCUACAAGAAAUUUGGUGGCCCCCUGGAGAGGCUGGACGCCAUCGCUCGCGACGCGGAGCUGGUGGACAAGUCGGAGACAGACCUCCGGCGCCUGGGCGAGCUGGUGCACAGCGGCUGCGUCAAGGCUCUAAAGGACAGCUCCUCCGGCCAGGAGCGGGCAGGCGGCCGCCUGGGCAAGGUGAAGGGUCCGACCUUCCGCAUCUCGGGCGUGCAGGUGAACGCCAAGCUGGUGAUCUCCCACGAGGAGGAGCUCGCGCCGCUGCACAAGUCCAUCCCGGCGGACCCCGAGGAGAGAAAGCAGUACGCCGUGCCGUGCCACACCAAGGCGGCUCACUUCGACAUCGACUGGGGCAAAGAGGACGACUCGAACCUGCUGAUCGGCAUCUACGAGUACGGCUACGGCAGCUGGGAGAUGAUCAAGAUGGACCCCGACCUCAGCCUGACGCACAAGAUCUUGCCCGACGACCCGGACAAGAAGCCCCAGGCCAAGCAGCUGCAGACGCGCGCCGACUACCUCAUCAAACUGCUCAACAAGGACCUGGCGAGGAAGGAAGCCCAGAGACUGUCCGGCACGGGGAGUUCAAAGAGGAGGAAAAUGAGGACUAAGAAGAAUAAAAUGGCCAAGUGUGUUAAAGUGAAGGAGGAAGUAAGGAGCGAUUCUUCCCCGCUGCCCUCGGACAAAUCGGACGACGAGGACGACAAGGAUGAGAUCACUUCUGUGAAAAAUCCAAAUAGAAAAGUAAAAGCAGAAAAAGACAGUGAAGAAAAAUCUGAGCCAGAUGUUUGUGUAAAGAAGGAACAAGAAGAAAAAAGGGAAGCAAAAGAAAAGGAAAAUAAGAGAGAACUUAAAAGGGAGAGAAAAGAAAAGGAGGAUAAGAAAGAUAUAAAGGAAAAAGAUAUUAAAGAAAAAAGAGAAAGCAAAAUAAAAGAAGCUAUGCAGAAAGACAAGGACAUAAAGGAAGAAAAGCUCAGUGAAACCAAAUCUGAUAGCAAAGAAAAAUCUAAGAAAUCCACAAUUUCAGAUGCUCCAGUUCACAUUACUGCAAGUGGUGAACCAGUUCCUAUAUCUGAGGAUUCUGAAGAGCUCGAUCAGAAGACAUUCAGUGUUUGCAAAGAAAGGAUGAGGCCCGUCAAGGCAGCCCUGAAGCAGCUGGACCGACCCGAGAAGGGGCUCUCCGAGAGAGAACAGCUGGAGCACACUCGACAGUGUCUGAUCAAAAUUGGCGAUCACAUCACCGAGUGCCUCAAAGAGUACACAAAUCCCGAGCAAAUCAAGCAGUGGAGAAAGAACCUGUGGAUCUUCGUGUCCAAGUUUACAGAGUUUGAUGCCAGGAAGCUGCACAAACUGUACAAGCAUGCCAUUAAAAAGCGGCAAGACUCUCAGCAAAACAAUGACCAAAACAACAGUGGCAUGAAUACUCACGCGCUUAGGAAUCCAGAUGUGGAAAGGCUAAAAGAGAACACAAAUCACGACGACAGCAGCAGGGACAGCUACUCCUCCGAGAGACAUUUGUCCCAGCAUCACGAGCACAAAGACAGGCAUCAGGGAGAUGCCUACAAGAAGAACGAGUCUCGGAAAAGGUCGUACUCGUCCUUUAGCAACGGCAAAGACCAUCGCGAGUGGGAGCCCUACAAGCAGGACAGCAGAUACUACGGCGACAGCAAACACCGGAAGGUGGACGAGCACCGGAGCAGGGACCACCGGCCGGUCUUGGAAGGGAGCCUGAAGGAGCGCCCCCACCCCGACCACCGUCCUCACUCGGACCACCGGCCGCUGCACGCCGACCACCGCGCGGGCUCCGAGUACUCGCACCACAAGGCCUCCCGGGAUUACCGCUACCACUCGGAUUGGCAGAUGGACCACCGGGCGUCCGGCAGCGGCCCCCGCUCGCCGCUCGACCAGAGGUCUCCGUACGGCUCGAGAUCUCCUCUGGGCCGCCGCUCGCCCUUCGAACACUCGUCGGACCACCGCAGCACGCCGGAGCACACGUGGAGCGGCCGGAAGACAUAACCCAGGCUGGCCCGGCCCGGCGGGACUCGCUCUUAGCCAUAUAGCGCACCACAGCAAUUGCCUUACCUGACUUGAAAGACGUGGACAGGAUCCUCCAUCGGUAGCAGUAUUGUUACUUCCUGCUUUCCAGGAUGCAAGGUCUAUUAUCCCAACAGAGAAACUAUUUUUGUAUUUAAGGAUUAUGCUGCACUGUGUUACAAAGUGUCUGUUUGUAGCACCUUUUUUAAUAAUGGAAGAUGUUUACUUUUUACAGGGACCUCAACACUGCCCCACCCAGCCUGGAGAAGCUUCUUUGUGUCAGCUGUAGGCGGAGCUCCGCUGGCUGCAAUUAUGUUUGUCAGGAGCGCGCUGGCACAUGGCCUGCAAUCAUGUUUCAGGAAGGAAUGAAGACGUGUGUCGUGUCCUUUUCCUUAGCCAGGGACUCUCAAGGACUUGUUCACUUUCCAAAGCUACUUGUUUACAUUGUACACUGCGACCACCUUGCCGCUUCUCCUCCCAAGCUUGAAUAUUUAAUUCUGUACCCACGACUGUAAAGGACCCAGGAACUCGCGUUGGCGAUCCCGUGUGAUGCCUUUUUACAGAAUGAAAGAGCUGUAAAUUAUUGUGAAGUCCGUCCCGAGCUUCCCGCCCCUCCCCCUCUCAGGCUUUUUUAACUCCUCCGGGUUUCCCCACCAACUCAGGCCUUCCUGUCACAACAAGGACAGAAAUCAAUGUGUGAACAACCCUUUUUAAUAGACUGUCUUGAUGGAAUCACUGUCUAGAAUGUAAAACGGGGAGAGGGAGCGCGCUUCCAUCGACUGUCCUCUGGGGUUCCUUCUCUCUUGGCUAUUUGAGUAGACACACUUGUUAACGCCGGUGUUGUGAUUGUUGUAGUGAUGACACGUGCUGUCCGGACUGCAGGCUCUGAAAGCGUCUCUUCAGCGGCAUUGCUUGAAAGAGCACCUUCGUGGGCUCGCCCGACGCCCCGAUCAGCCAAAACCUAUCGUGAAUCCACUCGUUUUCCUUUUUAAUGUGGGCAAUAAUGUCAAAUGUGCUAUGCAGCCAGUCACCAUUUUAGAUGAACUGAUUGACUUUUACUAGAAACUGUUACGAUGCACACUGAUUGUAUAUAGAUACUUCUAUAUAUGACGAAUUAAAUGGAACAAAACGGA